GAGGCAGCCUGGGCAGAGGGAGGUAUGCCCUUGGCAGAGUGCCCCAACCGACCCCGUACCUCAAACCGCGGGAAUGAAAGGGGUGGUGUUCAGGCCCUCGCGGGUGGGCUGGGGGCACAGACUUUAUGCAGAACAGGCUGUGGGGCCUGACGAAAACCCGAGGUGGAAUCAAUCAGUCAGUGGGGACUCUCCCCAUGCCUUCCCCAUCGCCAGAGUGCUCCUGUGAGCAUGUCAUGGUUUGGUGGCCUCCUGGUCCCCAAAGUGGAUGAACGGAAAACAGCCUGGGGUGAACGCAAUGGGCAGAAGCGUCUGCGCCAUGGCCCUCGGACCAGUGGCUUCUGCACACCCCGCUACAUGAGCUGCCUCCGGGAUGCACAGCCACCUAGCCCCACCCCUGCAGCUCCCCCUCAGUGCCUGUGGCAGAACGAGGCCUUCACGCGGAGGGGUGGCCUGGGCAAGAGCACGGAGCUGGGGCUGCGGGCAGUGGCUCUGGGCUUUGAGGACACUGAGGCAACGGUGGCUGUCGGGGCAGCUGAGGUGGCACCUGAUGUGGCACCCAGGAGCAGGCGAUCCUGUUGGCGCCGUCUGGCGCGGGUAUUCCAAUCCAAGCAGUUCCGCUCAGCCAAGCUGGAGCGCCUGUACCAGCGGUACUUCUUCCAAAUGAACCAGAGCAGCCUGACGCUGCUGAUGGCGGUGCUCCUGCUGCUAAUGGCAGUGCUUCUGGCCUUUCAUGCUGCGCCUGCGGUCCCUCAGCCGGCCUAUGUGGCCCUGCUGGCUUGUGCUGCGGCCCUCUUCGUGGCACUCAUGGUGGUUUGUAACCGACACAGCUUCCGCCAGGACUCCAUGUGGGUGGUGAGCUACGUGGUCCUGGGCAUCCUUGCGGCUGUGCAGGUCGGGGGUGCCCUGGCAGCCAACCCCCACAGCCCCUCUGUUGGCCUCUGGUGCCCUGUGUUCUUUGUCUACAUCACCUACACGCUCCUACCCAUCCGCAUGCGGGCAGCUGUCUUCAGUGGACUGGGCCUCUCCACCUUGCACCUGAUCUUGGCCUGGCAACUCAACCGGUGGGAUGCCUUCCUCUGGAAGCAGCUCGGUGCCAACAUGCUGCUGUUCCUCUGCACCAACGUCAUCGGUAUCUGCACACACUACCCAGCUGAGGUGUCUCAGCGCCAGGCCUUUCAGGAGACCCGUGGUUACAUCCAGGCCCGGCUGCACCUGCAGCACGAGAAUCGGCAGCAGGAGCGGCUGCUGCUGUCGGUAUUGCCCCAGCAUGUUGCCAUGGAGAUGAAAGAAGACAUCAACACAAAGAAAGAAGACAUGAUGUUCCACAAAAUCUACAUCCAGAAGCACGACAAUGUCAGCAUCCUGUUUGCGGACAUUGAAGGCUUCACCAGCCUGGCAUCGCAGUGCACUGCUCAGGAGCUGGUCAUGACCCUGAACGAGCUCUUUGCCCGGUUUGACAAGCUGGCUGCGGAAAAUCACUGCCUGAGGAUCAAGAUCUUAGGGGACUGCUACUACUGUGUGUCAGGGCUGCCAGAGGCCCGGGCAGACCAUGCCCACUGCUGUGUGGAGAUGGGGGUGGACAUGAUUGAGGCCAUCUCGCUGGUUCGUGAAGUGACGGGUGUGAAUGUGAACAUGCGUGUGGGCAUCCACAGUGGGCGUGUGCACUGCGGCGUCCUUGGUCUGCGGAAAUGGCAGUUUGAUGUGUGGUCCAAUGAUGUGACUCUGGCCAACCAUAUGGAGGCGGGGGGCCGGGCCGGCCGCAUCCACAUCACUCGGGCCACACUGCAGUACCUGAACGGGGACUACGAGGUGGAGCCAGGUCGCGGCGGCGAGCGCAAUGCAUACCUCAAGGAGCAGCACACUGAGACCUUCCUCAUCCUGGGAGCCAGCCAGAAACGGAAAGAGGAGAAGGCCAUGCUGGCUAAGCUGCAGCGGACACGGGCCAACUCCAUGGAGGGACUGAUGCCACGCUGGGUACCCGACCGCGCCUUCUCCCGGACCAAGGACUCUAAGGCUUUCCGCCAGAUGGGCAUUGAUGAUUCCAGCAAAGACAACCGGGGCGCCCAAGAUGCCCUGAACCCUGAGGAUGAGGUAGAUGAGUUCCUGGGCCGUGCCAUUGAUGCUCGUAGUAUUGACCAACUGCGCAAGGACCAUGUGCGCCGGUUUUUGCUCACCUUCCAGAGAGAGGAUCUUGAAAAGAAGGGCAGAGCCUACUGCCCAGCCCAGCCUCCUCUCCCUCAGUACUCGAGGAAGGUGGACCCCCGCUUCGGAGCCUAUGUGGCCUGUGCCCUGCUGGUCUUCUGCUUCAUCUGUUUCAUCCAGCUCCUAGUCUUCCCACGCUCAACCCUCCUGCUUGGGAUCUAUGCCAGCAUCUUUCUGCUGUUGCUGAUCACAGUGCUGACCUGUGCCAUAUACUCCUGUGGCUCUCUCUUCCCCGUGGCCCUGCAACGCCUGUCCCGCAGCAUCGUCCGCUCCCGGGCACACAGCACUGCCGUUGGCAUCUUUUCGGUCCUGCUUGUGUUCACCUCUGCCAUUGCCAACAUGUUCACCUGUAACCACACCCCCUUACGGACCUGCGCAGCCCGGAUGCUGAAUUUAACGCCGGCCAUCAUCACUGCCUGCCACCUACAGCAGCUCAAUUACUCUCUGGGCCUGGAUGCUCCCCUGUGUGAGGGCACCGCACCCACCUGCAGCUUCCCCGAGUACUUCAUCGGGAACAUGCUGUUGAGUCUCUUGGCCAGCUCUGUCUUCCUGCAUAUCAGCAGCAUUGGGAAGCUGGCCAUGGUCUUUGCUCUGGGGCUCGUCUACUUGGCACUGCUGCUGUUGGGUCCCCCAGCUACCAUCUUUGACAACUAUGACCUGCUGCUUGGUGUCCAUGGCUUGGCUUCAUCCAAUGGGACCUUUGACGGGCUGGACUGCCCAGCUGCAGGGAGGGUGGCACUCAAAUAUAUGACCCCUGUGAUACUGCUGGUGUUUGCGCUGGCGCUGUAUCUGCAUGCCCAGCAGGUGGAAUCCACUGCUCGCCUGGACUUCCUCUGGAAACUGCAGGCAACAGGGGAGAAGGAGGAGAUGGAGGAGCUCCAGGCAUACAACCGGAGGCUGCUGCAUAACAUUCUGCCCAAGGACGUGGCUGCCCACUUCCUGGCCCGGGAGCGCCGGAAUGAUGAGCUCUACUAUCAGUCCUGUGAGUGUGUGGCCGUCAUGUUUGCUUCCAUUGCCAACUUCUCUGAGUUCUACGUGGAGCUGGAGGCAAACAAUGAGGGUGUCGAGUGCCUGCGGCUGCUCAAUGAAAUCAUCGCAGACUUUGAUGAGAUCAUCAGCGAGGAGCGGUUCCGGCAGCUGGAGAAGAUCAAGACAAUUGGUAGCACUUACAUGGCCGCCUCUGGGCUGAACGCCAGCACCUAUGAUCAGGCAGGCCGCUCCCACAUCACUGCGCUUGCGGACUACGCCAUGCGGCUCAUGGAGCAGAUGAAGCACAUCAAUGAGCACUCCUUCAACAACUUCCAGAUGAAGAUCGGGCUGAACAUGGGCCCAGUCGUGGCAGGCGUCAUUGGGGCUCGGAAGCCGCAGUAUGACAUCUGGGGGAACACAGUGAAUGUCUCUAGCCGUAUGGAUAGCACGGGGGUCCCUGACCGAAUCCAGGUGACCACGGACCUGUACCAGGUUCUAGCGGCCAAGGGCUACCAGCUGGAAUGUCGAGGGGUGGUCAAGGUGAAGGGCAAGGGGGAGAUGACCACCUACUUCCUCAAUGGGGGCCCCAGCAGUUAGCAGGGCCCAGCUACAAAUUCAGCAGAAGGGACCAAGGUGGGCAUUUGAGUGGACUCUGUGCUCGCUGGGUGGAACUGUGGCAGGGGCUCAGACCCUGGUGACCACAGAAGGGAAAACCUCAGCAGGCUGUGCAUGGACCAUGUUUGUCUGCCCUCAGGCUGGUGAAUGAGGGGAUACCAAGAGGAUUACGCAAGUGACUUUCUCUUUUUACUGGGGUAGGGCUGUUCCCUCUCCUUCCUUCCAGCUUUUGGGAGCAGGGGAUAGGGCAGCAGCAGACCUGAGAAAUUACAAUGGCAGCUUGCCUUGCUUACGUUUCCUUGUCUGUCUGGGCAGCAGACUCAGGGCUGGGCCCUUUCUUUCCCUUUUUCCUGGGAACAUUUUGUACAAAGACUGGUGCAGGCAUGACAGUGCCUGUCCCAUGCUUGCCUUCACUGUGCCUGCACCCCCAGCACCGGUCCUGGGUGCCCCCAGCUCCAGCCAGGUCUCCCUUCUCUGCACAGGGAAGAGGAGGGAGAUGCUCUAGGGAACUAGCUCUGUCUAUAUAUCAGGGGAAUGUUUCCAUUUGCCAAAUCCUAGUCCCGUGAUCUGUCCCCAAAGGGGAACAAAGGGACUUUCAACAGCUCAGAUUUAGCCCCAGUUCCCGCACAGCUCCAGGGAAAGGGGCAUCUGGCCUCAUUGGUACUGUGAAAAUGCCCAGUAGAGAGCAAGCACGUGUGUAGGGAUGUCAAAAGAUCAGGAGCUGAAAGGUCACCUGCAGGUGCCAAAGCAGCAGGCUGACCAGGGAACAGGGUGGGGCCAGACUCUGAUCUGAGGGCCCCGAUGGGGUCAGAGUUAGGUCACUCUGCCCCAGUGCUCUCUUGCUGUCUGCUGGCAGUGGAGUGGAGCAUCUCUACCCCAUCUGUUGCCAAGUAGAGAAGGGUCAGGGCAUGGAGGAAGAUGACCCUUAUCCCAAGCUUGUCCUCCCAGGUCUCUGGUAGUGGGGAGGGCCUGUGUGUCUGUGUAAUGUGCGGGCAUGUUGGCUUCGCGUAUGUGUUUCCCAGGCCUGCGUGUGUCCUCGUGCUCCUGCUCCUCAGCUCUCCACCCUGGGUUGCCUCUCUCCUUUAGGCCUCUGUCUUCUGGGAAUCAGGCAGGGUUUCCCAUUUCAGAGGAUGGGGAAAUGCCUAGGUUGCACAGGAGUGGGAUGGGGCACAGUAGCAAGAGAGGAGCCCUGGGGAGAAGAGUCCUUUUUGUGCCAAAUCCCUAAGUGCCAUUUGGGGGCCGCGUGUGCAGCAUGACUGUCUCCCUGCCUAGGGCAGGGGCCUAAGCACCUGCUUCAGCCCCAGUGCUCCAUGCACUUGAACUGUCUGGGCUCAGGAAUUUUCUGGGUUCUGCAUCUGGUGUCCUGGGACUCUGUAUGCACUGGGACUGGGAUAGCAUGGGAUCCCUCUGAGCACCCAGGUACUGGUACUAGGGGAUGGGGCAGGCAACCCUGAAACUUGGGCCUUCCUCAGCCUUCAGCUUGAGUCUAGCACAUUUCUGGCUCCCCUAUCCCCGUGAAGCCUGCAAGGGCUGGCUGGAGGGAUUCCCUUCCUAUCCCUGCCUGCCUUUUACCCCUUUUCCCGCAACCUCCUUGUCUCUGGCCUGCAUUAACUGGUGCCUUGGUUUCUCUGUUUGUCCCUAUUUAAACCAGAGGCAUUAGCCUGAAUUUUGCUUGAAGACUGCUUUGUCUUGGAGGCAGUUAGAGAGGCAGAGGAAAGAGAGUUGGGAGUUGAAGGGGCAGGUGACACUCUGCCCUUCCUCACGCCUGCUGACUCUAGCUCCUUGCAAAGGCCUGAUUUCUGGCUUGUACAGCCUGCCUUGGGGGAUCUUCAUACAUCCACUGAGUGAACCAUCAGGCAUUUCAUUAGUCAAGGCAGGAGGAGGGGAAAAGCCUACCUGGUCCGGAUGGAAAAUCAGCUCCCCUUCCCUCAGCCAUAUCUUUGGAUAGGAAGGGACUGUGUGGAGCCCUAGGGUCGGGGUGAGUUGUGUAAGGAGACCAGAGUGGAAGACGUCAGUCUUAGGUGACUUGUCUCUCCUUCUUGCCAGGGCGAGGAGCCUGUCCACACCUUAGCUCCCUGUACCACAGUGCCCGCCAUGCCCUUACCCCAGCUACCACUGCCCCCUUCCUCACCAGUUGAUAGGGGAGUCAGUGCAUGGGAGGCCAAUGGACUUUGGUUUUAUAAUGUAACCACUGUGGGAGUGAGGGUGGGGGGAGUACCAUGUAUUUCAGUGAAAUAUUUAAUAUAUUUAAAUAUCAAUAAAAUCAAACUCUUUGUAAAA